AUGGAAUCCCAUGUGUUUCUCACGUGAUGCCAUAAAUAUAACUAUACUACGCUGCAGAUGUGCAAUUUUUGCAUCCUCCGCGAAAAUCUAAAUUCGCCAUAACCUAACCUAAGUUGCUCCUAGUAACUUCGACCGUAAAUGUAUUAGUUGGCAGCGCUGAAUCACAUCACAAUGGUCACACACGUGCACGUGUAGUGCGAGUGACAUGUUUGUGGCGGGAAAAUAUUUGCGUUAUUUGCGCUCGAUGUAUUACGAUGAUCAAUACAUGACAUGGCAAAUGUACUUAAUUAACAUUCUAGCACUGCGACUUCGAAUUGUUUAUGACAAUUUCUAUACAUGAAAACGAACGUGCAAAACUGCCAAGGAACUAAAGUGUGCGAAAAAGGUUCAGUUUAUGAGCUUCAGUUGAGGAACAACUAAAACCUUUUAUACAAUAACAACAAUAAAAUUAACGAUUCCUCGCUUGCGGAGAGUUUGCGUGUGAAGUUCUGGAAAAUUCUUUCGCGAUAUUCUAACGCUUUCACGACAAAUGUACGUGAUUAAGUAUUGUAUCAUCACGCGUUGCUCACGUAGUUUUGAAAUGUUCAAGCUAUUCGAAAACGGAAGUAUUUGACAAAACGAGGAUCGCGGUUCAAAGCUGAAUCAAAGCGGAACUCGUAAUUUCUCGGGAGACCGAGAUCCUUGCACUUUGACACAACUAUAAAGCAAAGUUCAUCAGUUAUCGCUUCUUGUACGAUUGCAUAAUAAGCGAAUCCCCGAUGUUUACUCUGCUGAGGAAAAUGACGCACAAUGGAUUUCUGAACCGUUCCGUCCAUACUGAUGGAUCCUACGAGGAUGCUGUAAAAGCAUUAUGUCUUACUUUGCAAAGUAACGCCGAUUAUUUGCAAGCUGCUAAGAAACAUCCAAAUGAUCCUGAGAAGUUGAAAGAAACAGAAAAAUAUUUGCUCAGAUCUGGCGUUACUUUGGAGCAACUGGACGGUCUUUCUGUCAUCCACGUUGCUGGCACCAAAGGUAAGGGCUCGACGUGCGCGUACACAGAGGCGAUUCUGCGGCAGCAUGGUUUCAGCACGGGCUUCUUCAGCUCGCCGCACCUCGUCUCCGUGCGGGAACGUAUCCGGCUAAAUGGCGCGCCAAUCAGUCAGUUGCACUUUGCUCGCUGCUUCUGGAACGUGUACCGGAGCUUGUAUCAGCAGCGAGAGCACGAGUCUGACAUGCCAACGUAUUUCAAGUUUCUGACACUUCUCACGUUCCACGUGUUCCUGGAAGCGAAUGUCGAUGUAGCGAUUAUCGAAGUUGGAAUCGGCGGCGAGCUGGACUGCACCAAUAUCCUACGAAACCCGGCUUGCGUGGGUGUGACGAGCUUGGGUCUGGACCACACUUCUCUGCUGGGCAACACUCUGCAAGAAAUCGCGUAUCAGAAGUCGGGGAUCUUCAAACCGCACGCAAUGGCGUUCACGGUGCCGCAACCGGAGUCGGCGAUGUGCGUACUGCGGAAGCGUGCCGUAGAGAAGCAGUGUCGCAGUUUGCGAGUAGUACCCGCAGUCUUGAAUCGCAAGUGGAACGACGUUCUCUCAUCGGCGGGCGCGAAUUUUAGCGGUAUGCAGCAGCAGAAUGCUUCGCUGGCAGUCAACAUGGCUCUGGCAUGGAUGAACUCCUGGAGCGAUAAGUCAUCGUCGAUUGCACUUGACAAAUUCGCUAAUAAUUUUCUCCAGAACGACACGGAUGAUUUGUCCCGUGUUAUCUCUUUGGAUAAAAUAGCGCUAGCGUUGGCAAGCUGCAAGUGGCCGGGUCGUGUGCAGAUCCUGAGGACCAGCAUAGCGGAUUUCUAUCUGGAUGGUGCUCACACCGUCGAGAGCGUCGUUAACUGCGCAUCUUGGUUUAAGAGAGCCAGUCGGAGAGCGUCUAGGAAAUUCCUGAUAUUUAACACCACCGGCGACCGUAACUCUUCAGAAUUAUUAAAACCGCUACGGUCUUUGGACUUUGAAAAGGCUUACUUUGUCCCUAAUUGCGCUGGAAUAACCAGCAUAGAGGACUUGACGAAUCAUGCGGCAAUCAACGAGCAAAGAAAACGGUGCGAGAAACACUGCGAGCUGUGGGGCAAAGAUUCGGUGCUGAAAAGCAGCAUCACCGAAGCGUUGUUUGAUGUCAGAACGUGUGCUUCAGCGACUAGUGAUAAAGUGGAGAUACUCGUUACAGGAUCCCUGCAUUUGGUUGGUGCACUAUUGACCGUACUGGACCCUAACUUGACGAUGACAAGCGACCUUUGAUGUAAAAUGAAGUGUAGUCGUGUCUUCUCCAUGGAACGUCUUAAAUCAUAGGAAAAAAAGAAAUGGGUAACUUCAUCCAUAAAAUUGUACUAGGUCGGUGCACAAGUUCUUAUGAUGAAUGGAUCGCUUCAAAAGGUGACUUUCAACGUGAUAUUCGCAUGUUGGAAAGAUGAGAAAAAGAAAACGAUGAAAAAUACCUUGAUUGAUUUAUGCUGUAUCGAUUGUUUCAUUUCGAUAAAGAAAAAUCGCAAGAACUUAUGCAUCGACCUAACUCAAUCGCUCGAAUCGAAUAACUAUUAUGAGAAACGUAAGAUCUGAUAUGCAUCAGUAUAUUUGCGAAAACAUGGUGGAAAACUGUCGAAUGAACAAGAAACAGUUUCUUUUUUAAAGAAAUCGUAGAAUUAUAUAUAUUUAAUAGGUAUAUAUAUAUAUAAUACUUAAUAGUGAUAAUAUAACAAUAUUCAUAUUAAUUGCUUAUGAUGUAAAAACAAUUGUACAUAUCUCGCGUAGAAUAAUUUUGGAGCAAUAUUUUAAUGAUGACGCUUUUUUACAGCUAUUUUUGUACUUCAAUGCAGAUCAAUCGUUCACAAUAAAAAGAACAUUUCAAUUGC